AUGUUUCGUUCAUUAAUUCGUCCAAGCACAUGUGUGCGAUGUUUAAUCAAUCGAAUUCAAUAUAAUAGUACUAACAAAAAUAAAUCUGAAAUUGAUCCAGGCAAAAUAUUUAUUCGUCGAGAUGUUCAAGAUCUAUUAAUAAAUAUAACUGGUUUUGAUUUAUCACGAAUAUUUCGUGUACGUAAUAAUAAAAAUCUUGAUCGUAUUGUUUAUAAAUAUUUAACUGAUAAACAACUCAAAGAAGAACAAGAAAAAACAAUAGAACGUGGUCGAGCUAAACUUCAAAUGCCACCUGUUUUAUCUGAAGCUAAUGAAAAUAUUGAAAUUCUUGAAAAAGAUGAAAUGUUAAGUGGUUUUUCAACAAGUAAACAUUUAUUUAUAGAUAUAUCACUUGGAAUACCAAUACGAGAUCGUCUUAUUGUUGCUCGAGAUGUUGAUGGAACAUUACGAACAGCAACAUUAGAUGAAAAACGACGAAUGAGACAAAUUUAUUUUCCUAUAGUUGGAAGAGAAUUAAUUAUGCCAAAAAUGUUUGAAGAUGAACAUUUAGAAAAAAUUUUAGAACGAGGAGAUUAUGAAUUUAUACUCGAUCGAGCAUGUACUCAAUUUGAACCUGAUGAUCGAGAUUAUAUACGUGUUACACAUAGAAUAUAUGAACAUAUUGAUCAAACAAAUUCUUAUGAUGUACUUCGAUCAACAAGACAUUUUGGUCCAAUGGCUUUUUAUUUUGUAUGGUUUAAAAAAAUUGAUCGAUUUAUGAACGAUAUGAUUAGACGAGAUUUAAUGAACGAUGCUGUUUCACUUCUUCAACUCUAUGCAAUUGUACAUCCAAAUUCUAAAGUAGCUGAAUAUAACUUUAACGAUACAAAUCCUCAUGAUCUUAUUCAAGCAUUUAUUGAAAAUGAAGCUCGAAUACCGGAUUUACUCGGUGAAGCACUUCGUCAAUACGCACGAAAGACUCAACAAGCUGUUACUAGUGGAUAA